AUGGUUCGCACCGUCGCUGCUUUCGCCAUCCUCACCGUGUCCGCGACCGCCGUCUCUGCGACCGACUUGAGCGGCCUGUUCAAGCGCCAGACGCUUUCGGGCGACUCGCAGGCCCAGGUCAACGGGUUGCUCGACCUCGCCAACAAGGUCUUGACGGACGCCAGCUCCGGCAACAUCACGUCGCAGUGCCUCUCGUGGUCAUCAGCCCUCGCUAACUGUCAAUCCAACACCAGCGACCAGGUGCAGAUCGCCGUCUGCUCUUGCAACAGCGACAACUUGUCGCAGAUGACCUCGUGCGCGGGCUCUUACGGCUCCGAGGGCCAGUCGGAUGCCUCGGGCUUUACGACCUUCUGCACCCAGACCCUCCCCACCCUUACCGGCGGCUCAUCAAGCAGCAACUCGACCGCCUCCUCCAUCUCUUCCGCCGCCUCCUCCGCCGUCGCAUCCGAGACAGGCGCCAUCGCUUCCCUCUCGUCCGUCGCCUCGUCCGCCUCGCGCACCGCUAGCUCGAGCGCGGGCGCUGCUGCGAGUGGAAGUGCGGGCGCUUCGUCUGCCUCGGCGGCUGGCGCAUCGGGAAGCUCGAAGCCUUCGAGCGGCGCGGGAAAGAACGCCGUCGUCGGUGGAUUCGCCGGCAUCGUUGGGCUCGUCGCUGCUCUGGCGUUCUAA